AUGGCCGCGUUCCGCCUCCAGCGCCCUUCACUAGUCAACAGCAUGUCUACCAACAUGCAGGACUACAUAGAGCUCUUGACGGCCGAGCAGCACGUCCAGCUCGACAAGUUACGCGAGAGCGCUCGUGCUGGCGUGCCCCCGCGUGUGCGCGGCGAAGUUUGGAUGUACCUCCUCGGCGUGAUGUCGUCGGAUAAGACUUCCGAGAUGACCCUCCUCAAGGCAUUGCGCACAGCAUAUCAAGAGCUGCCGUCGGACUUGCCUUCGGAUCUAGCAAGCAUGAUCAUGCAGAGCGCUCUGGCGCACCACACCCGUCGCUUCGAGAACCCGACCUACGAGAGUCUGAUUAGCACGCUCACAUCCGAACCUGCGGGCGGCGGCUACGCAUGGGGAGAAAGGCUGAGCGUGCCGGGUCCACCAAGACGGCCUGCCGCCAGCCCCAACCUCAUGGCGGGGAGUAAUGCCGCGCCACCGCCCAUGUCCCUUGACGAUGGAACGAUGGCCUUUAGAGCCAAGAGCGCCGGCACCUUCCUUAUACCUGCCCCCACCGCCCCCCCAACGCGUCAUGCGUAUCUCUCCAUGCUUGAGGAAGUGCUAGGCAAGUACUGGCACGGGGUGGGCUGUAAGCCAUCGCGUGUUGAGAUCGAGGCCGAGAUGGAUGAGGUAGACGCCGACGUUGCGAUCGGGCCUCGAGCACGGUGGCCUGAGGGUGUAGGGCCUCAGCCUGUGGACUGGGUCUACCUCGUCACGCCGUUCGUGUGCUGCUUCUCGCGCCCGAUCUCAGUUUACUACGCCUUCGACAAGCUGGCGGCCAAGCUGAAAACGUUCCCUCCACUGCCUUCUCGGCUCGGCACUAUGCUAGGCCUUUUCCGCGCUGCCAUCCCCGAGCUGCACGCCUACUUCGAGGACGAGCAAGUGCCGAUGACAGCAGUUGCGAUGAGCUGGAUGACGACUCUGCUCGCGCGCGAAAUGUGGCUGGGCGACGUUCUGCGUCUCUGGGACUCAUAUUUCGCGGCCGAGGACAUGUUCGCCCUUCAUUGCUACGUAUGUGUAGCGGUAUUGUUGACGUGCAAAGAAACGCUGGAGGAGCUUGACGGGUCCGAGGCAAAGUUGAUGCUGCUAGACCUCCCACCGUUGGAUGUCGAUCGAGUAUGUGGGAGGCUCCUGCAGGACGCGGCAAAUCUCAAAGUGCAGUUCACCUUGCCGGGGCCGGUGGAGGACGAGUACGAGUAG